UGAACUUAGCCGAGUGAAGACCUUAAAAACGAAUAGAUGUGCAUUUUCAUUGAUUGCCUGCUUAGUCCAUUCAUAAUAUGGCCCACAGCCAUUGGCCUUGCCGGUUACUUUAUCAGACAGUACAUGCAGGGUGGGCAAUUCACAGAGGAAACUGAUGAAACUGGCAAAGUCGUAAUUGUAACCGGUGCAAAUGCAGGCAUUGGCAAGGAGACCAUCUUAGAGCUGGCACGCAGAGGUGCUACAGUCUAUAUGGCUUGCCGGGAUAAAAGUCGAGCUGAAGAGGCGCGCAAGGAAAUUAUCAAGGUGACUGGCAAUCAAAAGAUAUACUUUCUUCACCUCGACCUCAGCUCGCUUGCAUCAGUGCGUAAAUUCGUAGCAGACUUCAAGGCAGAGCAGAAUCAACUACAUAUUCUCAUAAACAAUGCGGGAACGUUUUCUGGCACCCGUCGUCUUACAAAGGAUGGAUUCGAGAUGCAGCUAGGCGUCAAUCACCUGGGUCACUUUCUGCUGACGAUUCUAUUGCUCGACUUGCUAAAGAAAUCAUCGCCAAGUCGCAUCGUAAACGUGUCCAGCAUAGCACACACUAUAGGCAAAAUUAAUGUUGAUGAUCUGAAUAGCGAGAAAUCCUAUGACGGGGGCGCAGCGUACUAUCAAAGCAAGUUGGCGAUCGUGAUGUUUACUCGGGAGUUGGCCAAGCGCUUGGCAGGCACAGGAGUGACCGUCAAUUCUUUGCACCCUGGCGUAGUGGAUACGGAAAUAUUGGCAAACUACAAUGUCGCACAAAAUCGCUUAAUUAGAUAUAACGUCAUCAAACCAAUUUUAUGGCCAUUUCUGAAGACACCCAAGAGUGGGGCACAAACCACAAUAUAUGCAGCUAUAGAUCCCGGCUUGAAUGACGUCACUGGGCAAUACUUUAGCGAUUGCAAGCCAAAGGAAGUGGCGAAAUUGGCCAAAGAUGAGAAAGUGAUUCAGUUUGUGUGGCAGGAGAGCGAAAAGUGGACAGGAGCGCCAAAAGUGAUUUGAGUUAUGGGUUUAUUUAACAUACG